GCCACAAGUAAAAACUGUCAACUGAAACUGACAGUUUUUUGACCUUGCUGAUAGUAUAUCAAAAGACAGAGCCCAUAUCAGGCUAUCUAGAACUCAUAUGUAGUACUGGGGUGACCAGUAGAUAAAACUAUUUACUCAUUUUCUUGCACAAUAUUUUUGUAACCUAAGUUUUAAAAACAAUUAAGUUAAGUUAUAAUUUUUAACAGUGAGUUUAAGUUCAUGUUUAAACUAUGGACAAAUUAAAUAUAUUCAGAAAAGCUAAUUGUCAAGAGGGUGGCGGAUACCUGAAAAGAGCAAACGAAUCUCAUCUACGCGAAGUCUUUGCUCGAUAUGCAUCCACCGAGAAAAAUGGCGAAAAGUUCAUGACCUCUGAGGAUUUCGUUAUUAGGUAUUUGAGACUUUUUGAUCCGAAUAAUUACAAUGUGGAUUCCGUUAAACUUUUGGCUGGUAUCGUUGACACAAGCAAAGAUGGACUUAUUUCCUAUCCGGAGUUCCAAGCCUUUGAGGGACUGCUCUGUUUUCCCGAUGCCCUUUACAAGACAGCUUUCAGAUUGUUUGAUACCAAUGGAAAUGGAAUGGUUAGUUUUCCGGAAUUCGUUGAGGUAAUUAACAAAACCGAAUUGCACAACAGCAUGCCGUUUAAUAUGAACUCGCCAUUCAUUCAAUUAUAUUUUGGACGUCUAAAAAAUCGCUUAGUUUCAUAUUCGGAGUUCAGUCAAUUUCUUCACGAUUUUCACGAGGAGUACGCCAUCGAAGGUUUUCGGCAAGCGGAUAAAGAUGGCAGCGGGUUUAUAUCGGUUCUGGAUUUCCAGCAAAUCAUGAUAAGCAUCAAGAGCCAUCUGCUUACCAAGCAAGUACAAUCUCAUUUAAUCGAGGCCGCUGCAGGUUCACAUAGUGCUCGCAAAGUCAGUUUUCCAUACUUUAUUGCAUUUAAUUCAUUAUUGAACAACAUGGAACUAGUUAAGCGUAUAUAUCUUAACUCCACAAAUGGACACAGAUCGCAAGAAGUUACCAAAGAGGAGUUUAUGCAUUCCGCACAAGCCAUGUCUCAGAUGACGCCAUUGGAAGUCGAUAUUCUUUUCCAAUUGUGCGAUGUUUUACAUCAUCAAACAGGAAAAAUAGUCUACAAUGAUUUGUAUGCUAUUGCCCCUGAACAGUAUUUCAAACAAAUAACCAAUAGACUGGCAGAAAUACAUGCUGUAUCGAGCCCUGAAGAUAGAGGUGUUUUUAUUCAAAUUUUGGAGAGUUCUUACCGUUUCUCCUUGGGUGCUAUUGCGGGAGCUGUUGGUGCCACCGCCGUAUAUCCGAUCGACUUGGUCAAAACUCGAAUGCAAAAUCAAAGGACGGGGUCAUUUAUUGGAGAAGUCAUGUAUAGAAACAGUAUGGAUUGUUUUAGAAAAGUCAUUAGACACGAAGGUGUUUUCGGGUUGUAUCGUGGUCUGGUUCCUCAGUUAAUGGGUGUAGCUCCAGAAAAAGCUAUAAAACUUACUGUGAACGAUUUUGUAAGAGACAAAUUUUAUGACAAAAACGGAAAUAUAGCGCUAUAUGGAGAAAUUAUUUCAGGAGCUUGCGCUGGUGGUUCACAAGUAAUUUUUACAAAUCCUUUGGAAAUAGUCAAAAUUCGUUUGCAAGUAGCUGGAGAAAUAGCUGGCGGAGAAAAAGUUAGAGCCUGGCCAGUGGUCAAAGAGUUGGGAUUGUUAGGCUUAUAUAAAGGUGCAAGAGCUUGUCUACUUCGUGACGUUCCGUUCAGCGCUAUCUACUUUCCGGCUUAUGCUCACACCAAGGCCAGCUUAGCCGACGAGAGUGGCUAUAACCAUCCUCUGACGCUGCUGCUGGCCGGUGCUAUAGCCGGUAUACCAGCGGCAUCGCUCGUCACCCCCGCUGAUGUAAUUAAAACCAGGUUGCAGGUCGUGGCGCGUGCUGGCCAGACCACCUACUCAGGAGUAAUGGAUGCGACUAGGAAGAUUUAUGCAGAAGAAGGAUUUAGAGCAUUCUGGAAAGGAGCCGUAGCUCGUGUGUUCAGAUCUUCACCGCAGUUUGGAGUUACUCUUUUAACUUACGAAGUUCUUCAAAGGAUGUUAUAUAUUGAUUUUGGAGGAACUCGUCCAACUGGAUCUGAAUUCAAAGUUCCUUCCCUGGGAGGUGACAUGAAAUCGCACAAUCCGGACCAUUUGGGAGGAUUUUCGGUGUCGCUCCCUAUUUUUACUGGCAUUGAGACCAAAUUUGGUUUGUGUUUGCCGAAAUUUAGCGUGGCUCGUGCCUCGCAAUCAGUGUAGAAGUAAAAAAUUAAACUAAGUUAAUAAAAUUUCGCUUGGGCCAGUCAAUCACCGCCACUAUUCAGUUUAAUUAAAACAUUGUACAUACUUAGAAAAGUGGGAUAGGAUUUUUGUACUCGCUAUUAAAAGAAUCGUUAUAAUAAAUAAACAUCAGUGUUAAAUUUAAUUUUAGACGAGCGAUUCUUUUUGGCGAAAGAGCCUUAUUUUUGUAUUGUUAUGAAUUGUGACAGCACCUGUGAUAUUCAUGUACGAAUGCAUUUUGGUCUCAAAUGAAACAGAUCUGAGUACCCACAGAUAAUUAAUUGUUUGGCAUAUACCUAAAGAUUAUGUAAAGUUAUUUUUAUUAUGAACUGUUAACCUAUUCUACUAAAUAAAGUAUACACAAUU